UGCUGUAAGCAUGGCAGCUGGGGUAGCAGCAUGGCUGCCCUUUGCCCGGGCAGCUGCUGUAGGCUGGAUGCCAGUAGCUACAGGUUCCAUGCCCUCUCCUCCUGCUGGAGAGAGAAAGAGGUCCCAGGACACCCUGAUUGUGCUAAACGUGAGUGGCACACGCUUUCAAACAUGGCGAAACACGCUAGAGCGUUACCCCGACACUUUACUGGGCAGUACAGAACGUGAUUUCUUCUUUAAUCAGGAUAUUGGGGAAUAUUUCUUUGACAGGGACCCAGACAUUUUUCGGCACAUUCUGAACUUUUACCGUACAGGCAAACUACAUUACCCACGGCAUGAGUGCAUUGCGGCAUAUGACGAGGAGCUUUCUUUUUUUGGUAUCCUUCCUGAGAUUGUUGGAGACUGUUGCUAUGAGGAAUACAAAGACCGCCGCAGGGAGAAUAUGGAGAGAAUAAUGGAUGAUGCUGAGAGUGAUAGCCAAACAGAAGGCCUGUUGCCCCCAAUGUCUGUGCGAGAAAAGAUUUGGCGAGCUUUUGAGAACCCUCACACAAGCACAUUAGCCUUGGUCUUUUACUAUGUCACCGGUUUCUUUAUCGCUGUGUCUGUUCUCGCCAAUGUAGUGGAGACAGUACCAUGUGGCACAAGUCCAGGUACCAUGCGCGAGUUACCCUGUGGUGAGCGUUAUACAAUGGCCUUCUUCUGCUUGGAUACAGCAUGUGUGAUAAUCUUCACAGUGGAGUAUGUGCUGCGCUUAAUAGCAGCACCAAGUCGAUAUCGUUUCGUGCGAAGUGUAAUGAGUAUCAUCGAUGUGGUGGCCAUAAUGCCAUAUUAUAUUGCCCUAGUGAUGACAAACAAUGAGGACGUAAGUGGGGCUUUUGUCACAUUGCGAGUGUUCCGUGUGUUCCGGAUUUUUAAAUUCUCCCGUCAUUCCCAGGGCCUCCGGAUCUUGGGCUACACGUUAAAGAGCUGUGCCUCGGAGCUUGGAUUUCUACUUUUCUCCCUUACCAUGGCCAUCAUCAUCUUUGCUACCGUUAUGUUUUAUGCAGAAAAGGGAUCACUCAAUAACAAAUUUACCAGUAUCCCCGCCGCAUUCUGGUACACCAUUGUUACCAUGACAACACUGGGGUAUGGUGACAUGGUUCCAAAGACGAUAGCUGGGAAGAUUUUUGGAUCGAUAUGUUCCCUGAGCGGCGUGCUGGUCAUCGCCUUGCCAGUUCCUGUUAUCGUUUCCAAUUUUAGUCGGAUUUACCAUCAGAAUCAGCGAGCAGAUAAACGCAGAGCGCAAAAGAAAUCAAGGCUUGCGAGGAUUCGGGUGGCUAAAAGCGGAAGCGCUAAUGCUUAUCUACAGAGCAAACGCAGCGGUUUAUUAAAUGAAAUUCUACAGGGUUCCGGCGAGGAGGAAAAGGCACUUGUUAGCAAAUGUGGCUCCACGUUCGCAACCCAACACUAUCACCUGCUUCAUUGUCUAGAAAAAACCACGAAUCAUGAGUUUGUGGACGAACAAGCAUACCAAGACGGCUGUAUGGGAGUGUCUACAAUAAACAAACCAAAAAACCACAGUCCAUCGUUGUCAUCACAACAGAACGUUAGCCAUUUCUGCUGUUCUCGAAGGAAUAAAAAAAAUGGAAGAAUCCCAAAUGCUAACGUAACCCAAUGCAGCCACCAUGAAAGCCUUCAGGAACUGAGUGCUAUACAGAUCCAGUGUAUGGAAAGAGCCCCACUGUCCAACAGUAGAUCCAGUCUAAAUGCCAAAGUGGAAGAUAAUUUUAAACUAAACUGUGAGCAGCCUUACGUCACUACAGCAAUAAUAAGCAUCCCCUCACCACCAGGAACUGCACGAGAGGAGGACGGGAGAUCGGGAACACCAGAUUACUCUCAAAGAAACAUUGUUCGAGUGUCAGCUCUAUAAAUCAACUCCAAGCAGGUUUAUAUAUAAAUACGUAUAGGUAUAAAAAAAAAGGGGGCUGUUGUAAACAGCAUAUAUACGGAGGUAACAUUGAAACCUUUCUUAUAUUUUCAAGCAGUAGUUGAUUUGCAUAUUAAAAACGAAAGCUGGGACACAGUACCAUGGGACCAUACAACAGAUCUUCCAACGCAUUUUACAGGGUUACUGUGUGACUACGUACAUGAGCACAAUGAAAGAUCUCCCACCGACAAUUUUUUUUUUUCUCAAUGCAACUUUUUUAUGGAAAUUCAAGCAAAAAAAAAACAAAAAACAAAAACAAAAAAACCUUAAAAGAAACUCUUUUACAAGCAUUUGGGAAAUAAAAGUGCUAUAGCAUAGGAAACAUUUUGAUAACAAGUUUCCCUAGAGGGAACAAUGAACAUUACACACGGUAAUGAAUAUGAAAGAACAUGCAUAGCAAGUAUAUUUGUACUUGUUUAAAUGACAGCUAUAAUGCAUGCAGAUAUUCUUUGGAGCAGAGAUCCGAGAUAAUUUAAAUGGUUCCCAUCAAGCAUUAUUUGAAAGAAAUGCCUGUCAACGCACCCACAGCAACUGGAUGAGAAAAAUGUUUACAGUAGCUAAACAAAGACAAACAAAACCAUUUUGGGAACAGAACAGUAUUUAUUAUUGUACCUCCACUGAGUUACAUUAUGUGUUGUACAUAAUACUGAUUUUUUUUUUUUAUAUUUUUUUUUUUAUGUUGUUGUUGCUGUUGUUGAGUUAUCUCAUUUCUCAAACAGCUGCAAUAAUGAAUUAUAUGUCUGCUACAUCAGGAAUCUCAAUAUUUAUUUUCGAAAACGCAACAUGCAUAGUGGAAGAAAACUAAACAAAAAAAAAAACAAAGACAAAUUGCAUUUGAUUAUACAUUUUAUGUUCUUUUAGAUUAUUUUUUUUGUGUGCGUUUAUUAGAAUGAAAAAGAAGUAUCUGAGCGAAGAUGAGAGCUAUAUUAGCUUUCUGGUAUUUUUAAAUGAAAAAAAAAAGAAAAAUUGAAACAUGACCCUCUACACGAUUUCAGAAAAUGCAUGAAAAAUUAUUGUGAUUGGUCCUGAAUGCUUGCAAAAAAAAAAAAAAAAUGUUUAUUUCGUUGUUAAUUCUUUUGUAGUGCUGGUAGUGUCAAGUUUUGUUGUCUAACAUUAAUAUACAAGCAUACUAUGUAAAAGGAAAGGGACUUCUUCCUAAAACACAAACAUUAAUUGAAAGGACUGAUUCUCAAAUUGAAAAUUUUAAUAAACAUAGCGCUUACAAACAUUAAGAUGCAGAGCAGCAAAGCAAUUUAUUGUUUUGUUAACCUUGACG